GUCUCUGCCGCCCGCCCACAAAGCCACAGACGAGACAGGUGCCCGCGCCGCCGCGGCGCCAGCGUGCCGAGCCGAGCCGUUAGUGCGCGCCGUCCGUGCGUCCGGCCGACCGUACCUCCGUCGGGGAACCUGCCACAGUUCCCCGGCCCCUUGUUGUCGGCAUCCGGAACCGCCAGGCGGCCCCGGCUUUGGCGCCGCAGCCAUGUCCAUGGGCCUGGAGAUCACCGGCACCUCGCUGGCCGUGCUGGGCUGGCUGGGGACCAUCGUGUGCUGCGCGCUGCCCAUGUGGCGCGUGACGGCCUUCAUCGGGAACAGCAUCAUCACGGCGCAGAUCACCUGGGAGGGCCUGUGGAUGAACUGCGUGGUGCAGAGCACCGGCCAGAUGCAGUGCAAGGUGUACGACUCGCUGCUGGCGCUGCCGCAGGACCUGCAGGCGGCCCGCGCGCUCCUGGUCGUCGCCAUCCUGCUGGCCGCCUUCGGGCUCCUCGUGGCGCUUGUGGGCGCCCAGUGCACUAACUGCGUGCAGGACGACACCGCCAAGGCCAAGAUCACCAUCGUGGCGGGCGUGCUCUUCCUGCUGGCCGCCUUGCUCACCCUCGUGCCCGUGUCCUGGUCGGCCAACACCAUCAUCCGGGACUUCUACAACCCCAUGGUGCCCGAGUCGCAGAAGCGGGAGAUGGGCGCGGGCCUGUACGUGGGCUGGGCGGCGGCGGCGCUACAGCUCCUCGGGGGCGCGCUGCUCUGCUGCUCCUGCCCGCCGCGCGAGAAGAAGUACGCGCCCGCCAAGAUCCUCUACUCCGCGCCGCGCUCCGCCGGGCCGGGCACCGGCACCGGCACCGCCUACGACCGCAAGGACUAUGUUUGAGGGGGGCACAGUGGGA